AUGUCGUUGCGACGGAAGUCUUGUGAUGCCUGCUUCAAAAGCCGUCGGAAGUGUGAUUAUGGCCGUCCCGCUUGUGGAACGUGCCGUCGAACGAAGAAGAACUGCCGUUACGCGUAUGCAUCAAGCAUCAAGCCAUCCGACGCAACGGCAACCUCAGACUUAUCAACAUGGUCUGACGACUUCAUUACCGCUGGCUGUUCACCUGCAGCCUCUGAUAUAUCAUUUACCACGUUCCUGGACAUGAUGAGUAAUACAAUGCCUCAGCCUUUCGAAGAUGGCAGAGCCUCUGCUUUUCAUUCCAACCAGCACGAGACAUUCUCUGGUCUAAGGGUCUCACAAUCCCCAAGCCAAUCUAUUCUGCUGGGUAUGUCAUCGGCUCAGCUGGACCUUCAUCUGGUCGGCCCCCUCGGUGAGGUGCACCCCAUAGAAGGAAGCAAUGAGAGCUGGCAAUGGGUGUUGAGCCAACUGAAAACCUAUCCAUAUGAAUUUGCUCAGCAAGCACAGACCUUAUUCAUCCAUCCGCAGCUGUAUAAAAAGUCAAUGCCGCAGCCGAUUAGAGCAGCUUUCGGAAUGUGUUCGUCUUGCAGUCUCAUCAAUGAUAGCAAUCGCGCAACAUUUUUCAGAAUCAUGGAUGCAGAGGUCGUUGAAAUUCUUAACAACCCCGAGGGAGACGCGGUGUUAUUCAAUGAGCUUGCUCGACUCCAGGCCUUACUUCUGUACCAAAUGAUGCGGCUGUUCCAUGGUGGUCUUGAACAUCGAGUUCUAGCUGAGCAACAGCAAGUUAUCAUUCUGGGAUUAGCCCUGAAGCUUCUUACACGCUCUCGAGCCGAGCUUGAUGAGUCCGAGGGGUGGGAUUCAUGGAUCUUGGCAGAAUGCAUCCGUCGCACGGCGGUGAUUGUCUAUAUGGUCUACGGAGUCAAUUCUAUUUUCCGUCAUGGAAUUUGCACCGAGAUUCACACGAUAGCCAAGCUGCCGCUGUCGAAGGCACCCACCUGCUGGAACUCGGAAACUCACUACCACAACCAGUCAGAACCACAGGGCAUAAUGACUUAUGAGGUGUUUACGGAGUCAUGGCCAACCGCGCCGUGGAAGCUUUGCCCUUUAGAAAGACUCUUGUUAAUUGCAUGCAGAGGUAUCAUUAUCGCCACAGAAUUCGAUGAUUCUGAGGCCCCUUUGUUCUAA